CGUAUUCAGUUCUAGCAAGGAGCCAGAAAUGACAUGAACUGUAGCUCCAUGUUGAUUUUCUGUACGGUAAGUUUACUGAUCCUAAAGAACAGAUCAACUGUCUAGAGUUUCUAGUCUUUAAGAAACGGGAUGUGAAACUGUGAGGAUAUUUAUUCGGAAUUUACUGGUGAAUAUGGUGUGAAAAACUCUGGGAGACUGCGGAUAUAACGCAAGCAGUCAUCUCCAGCAAGCAGUGUCUGAGUCGAAUACCCGAGCACUACGUGUCACAAUCAAUCAUGGGGACCGUAUUAUCUUUCUCUCCGAGGCCUAGAAAACCUCUCUACGAAGAUAUCAACCUGAAUAAUUUCAGCUAUGAAAUACUCAACAAUGCCAAGAAUCAAAUUCAGGCGACGACGACGAAAGAGAAGAAUUUUAAACGUCAUUCGAUAUUUCUCAGUGGAUUAAGCUGGAAGAAAUUCACAGUGAACGCUGGAAAGAAAAAAGAUAAGAAUUUUCUACGGUUUCCAAACGCAUCAGUUCGUGUGCUUCCUGGGAAGAUUGAUAACAACUUUAAUAUAGAAAAUGUCAAUUUGAAUAGGAAUAUUCCUAAGUCGGUGUCAUGUUAUAAUCUUAAAUCAGAAUCAGAAGAAAAUCAGUGUCCACGACGAACCAUUAUUGUGAAAAACACAGAAAAAGGAACGAGCCCAAAACGCACAGUGAUACAAGCUUCUACGUCAGAGCUACUAAAGUGUUUGGGGGAGUACCUCAGGAAACGCUGCAAGCGGCUGAGACAUUUUGAAGGGUGUGACGUCAUUAUGUGGCUCAGAACUGUUGACAGAUCCCUUCUACUACAAGGCUGGCAAGAUGUUGCCUUUAUCAACCCUGCUAAUGUCGUGUUCGUCUACAUGCUCAUUAGAGACAUCGUCUACUCAGACAUUGACAGCGAGCAUGAUCUUCAGUCACUGGUGCUAACGUGUUUGUAUCUAUCUUACUCCUAUAUGGGCAACGAAAUCAGCUACCCCCUUAAACCGUUCCUCGUAGAGGAAAAUAGAGAGCGAUUUUGGGACCGAUGCUUAUUGAUAAUCAACAGACAGAGUUCGAGUAUGCUCAAAAUAAACAGCGAUCCGGGGUUUUUCACAGAGAUUUUCACCGAGCUCAAAGCUUAUUCGCCAUGUAUAUGACAAAAAUACAGCUCUCUGAUGAGAUUUUGACUACUCUGUGAUCGGUGAUAUAUAUUGUUGCUAUCCAUAUAUGAAAAGAUGAGUUCCCUAUAAAUUAGCCUUGCAAUGGAAAGACACAAGGUGGUUAUAUUGACAUUGUCGACGGGUAAAUCUGACCAGAAGUGUACCCCUAGGGAUAUAUAUCGUAUGCAAUGUCCCCCUAGGGAUAGAUAUGGAUAUGGUACGCAAUGUCCCCAUAGGGAUAAAUAUGGUACGCAAUGUCCCCCGGGAAUAUGAAUGGUAGGCUAUGUCCCCAUGGGGACAAGUUUGGCCUGAAAUCCAUUACAAGGGAGGUUAGAAUCAGCAUCAGGAACCAAUGCGAAAUGUCACGCCAGAAUUCUGUCGACACUGAAAUAGGGACGCGAAAACCCAAGGACCAACUCCAACACUGUACUUGGGACCACAACAGUACGCACCGGGUAUAUAUCCCCAUGGGGCUUAAAAUGCCAUAUUUUCACCGUCGGGAUAUACCAGGCAAGGAUUGUACUCGCGAGGCACGAAGGAGACCAAGUUUAUAUGUCUUUACCACCGAGACACACAAACCUCCCGUAUUCGAAACUUAUGCCUCUGUCGUUAACUGGUUUAUCUUGGGGCUUAAUAUAUAAUAGCGUAGAAAUGUGCAGUCGCCAAGACUUAUCCCACUAAACAAAAAGACACGGUCUCGGAUAGCAAGGCUUCUUGAUAUCCCGGAAGGAGUACUUUUCAUCUGUUAUGAUUCAGAGGCGAUUUAUGUGCGAUAUCAAGACUAUUCAAAGUGUUGUUAUUUUGUUGUUAUAUGAAGAAAACUGGUGACAUAUUAAAGGACUGCUAGAUAUAGAGAAAUCUAUAAUGAACAAAGGAUUUAGAAUCAAUAAAUACACGAUAUCAAUUUGAAUGUAGUAGAUCAAUAAUAGCUGAGAAAUAUUUAUAUUAACGACAAAGGUAAGAGAUAUUGAGAGCAAAAUAUAUAUUGAUGUCUUUCUUUUAUAGUAGAUACAUUAUAUUAGACAUAAGUAAUUAAUGUCCUAUUUUGUUUAGCUAUAAGAUUAUGUGAUGUAAGUAUGUUCGGAACAACUGCCAAAUCUUGUUGUAACGCUUCAUAUAAUUGCCAUGUCUUUGACAGAGAUUACUAUCAUUGUCACAAUAUCUCAACUCUUUAUGAGUUAACAAAUAACAUAUGUGCAGAGAUCUUAUUACGGAGACACAGAAUCUCCAUCAAUUAACUAAAUAUUAGAUGUUAAAUUCGUUUGAAAUAUUUUUCUCUUUCAAUUUAAUAAAUAUUUAAAAUUUGUUAUUUUAAUAUGCUUUAAAACUUAAAAAAUAUAUCAUAGUGGUUGUAAUUGAUUGAAAAAUCGUUAAAAAUAUCUAUCCCUUUUAUAACAUUUAUCGUGAUAAUUAGCGUCUUAAGUUUUAUUUUUUAUUAUAGAAUAGGAAUCAGGAUACUUUAAACUCGGAUAGGUAAACCUGUUCGAACUAUAGUUCUUUUUAUAAAGAGAAAUACUGUUUUGUCUUGAUAUGAUCGAUUUGGUUGGACUGAUCGGCAUUGUGCGGCUGAGCCUGCUGAACUUGUUAGUGUCUACUGACAUGUAUCAAACAUAAUGUAAUAGCAAUGCCUCGGUGUCACUGACAUAGUAAUGGCAGGAUGGGUAACUAUCUGACUGUCAUUUAGCUGAGUCUACUGAAUUGGUUAUUUCCCGUAUUGACAUUUAUAAAACAGACCGUUAUACGUGUUUGAUCGAUCCUGAUCCACCACUGAAAUAGCAGGCGUGUGAUGAAUCGGAUUAGUCAUCCGUUCGGAAUCAACUCUAUCAAAAACUGGUAUCGGGGUACCUACUCCGAACCCAUAUCUCAGUAGUCCUGGCCCACAUAUGCUAUCGGUUUUCUUAAAAAUCAUUCCAUCAAAACAAUUUUGUACUAAGUGUACGAUGUGUAUAAAUUAUAUUCAUUAGAUAACAACUGUUAUGAAAAUGCAUAUUAAAUACAAUCUUCAAAGGACUAAUUUCCAAUAUUAAUAUAAUUCAGCAGUCGGCACACAGAUGGGAGACAGCAAAAGGAAGUAAGCGUGGAGGCAAUGAUUGUAAAUUUUGAAAAUAUUUAAUCGAUAACAUAAAACAAGAAACUGCACAUGUUCGUAUGGGUUUCAUGAUCAGUAAUCAAUACGACGCAUGCAGUUAGUUUACAUAUAGGGGACAUUUUUCAGUGAUGCUUCCAGGCAAAUGUAUAUUUACACAUUGACCACGUGAUAUCAGUAAUGAACACUCAUCAAACACCGUAUUUAUAGUUAAUUAUUUUUUUUUCUCUCUUCAUUAUAUCCUGUCUUAUUUCAAUGACUAAAACGAGUACAAAAAUAGGUACGGUUAAUAAUAAACAACAGGUUAUAUUAUCACAUAUGUCUAUAUAUAUAAUAUAAAGUAUAACAAUAAACAAAUUUUAUAAAUUCAUGCUCGAGUGUAGUGUAUUUCUCUCUGACUGGAUGGUUGGCUGAUCGCUGACGCAUUUUUCCUUUAACAAGGUAGUAGUAGAAUGAUGAAUAUAUUUUUAAACUCACAAGUUAUAUUGUAAGGAGUCUCUCACUAGCGUGUAGAAUGGUAUUAUGAUGCCCGCCUGAAGACGUUAACUUGCUAUUAUACUGUAAGGAGUCUCUCACUAGCGUGUAGAAUGGUAUUAUGAUGCCCACCUGAAGACGUUAUUUUGCUGUUUAUUUUUUCCAGAAUUUCCAUUGACCCUUACACCAUUUUGAAGUCGUAAAAUAAAACUUUAAACGUUUUAAAAAUGUUCAAAAAAAUCAUCUCUGAACUAGCCAUUUUCCCUCCGUAGAUCUUACAUAUUUAUUAUUUAUUCUAUAUUUCAUUCGCAAGGACUUAUUUAUUUAUCGUCUACUAUAUAUAUAUAUAUAUAUAUAUAUAUAUGCAUACACCAUUUGUUAUCAUAAUGAGAAACUUUUAUUUGAUAUGCUAUCAUGUAUUAUACACUUGGACGUCGAUAAUCCGACACCCUAUGCUAGAGCAACCUCUAUUACAUGUACCUAGAGCAAAUAUCAUCUCCAGACGCGUAUAUUACAGAAUGAAAAUGCAUUUAACAUUUCGAAAAUAUGUUUCAUUCGGCCAAAUAAUGCGCUUUGUCUGAAGGGUCCGGACUAGCAAUGUCCCAUUGUAUGAUGGCUGCCGUAUGUGAUUCCUUAUAGUGCUUUUUGUUUCAUGACGAUUUGCUAAUAAAUUGUAC